AAAUAUGGUAAACAGCUGAUAAAAUAAUGAAAACAAUGCUUGAAAAAUCAGGAUUAGGGAGUCUCCGAUGUACAGUUCAGUUUAGCUGAUCAUGAGUUACAAAGACAUCAUCAGCCCGCCGGAAGACAUGGAUGGAGAUCCCGAUAUUUACGGGAAUAUCCCCCCUGUGGCACCAGAAAGGACUCAUCUCUUACAAGCCACAGUGUUUAUAGAAGAUGCGGCUAGGUAUCGGGAGAUUUGUCAUCGUGUGGACAAGAGAGCUCUACAGAUCUACAGACUCUACCAUUCAAACCUUCUACAAAGGAGCCGCUAUGCCUUUAUUUUUGUGCUCCUUUUCCUGGCAUUCUUUGAGUUCCCGUCCUCUUUGACCUGGACGUCAGACAUCCGUAACCGUGGAGAUAGAGUGGAGGUUCCCUGUGGAGUCACUGAGGGGAUAGAACUCAUCUGUCUGCUCUUCUUUGUCACAGAUGUCAUCAUAAAA